UUCUUUUAAUUUUUAAUUGAUUACAAUUAAAUCAACUGAAAUCGAGUUGAUUUUGGUUGUGCUAAUAGUUUUCACCUUAACUGUUGAUACAUUUAAUCAUUUUGUUAUUGUCUGACUCCAAUUAACUGUGAGAUAUUUAAAAGGAUAACUCAUUCUGGUAAGUUGUUGUUAUUGUGUCUCCAUUGUUUUAGAUUGGCUUUUUUGUUUAAUUGUCACAAUAAUUUAAUUGCUUCAAUUUAUAUGAUCUCUAAUUCUUGGAAUUCAAGUACUACCACUACUCAAUCACCUUCCAUCAUCCGUUAAUUGUGAUAAUCUUUUUCCAAUGGCUGGUAAUUUUUGGCAAAGUUCUCAUUUCCAUGAAUGGUUAUUAGAGAGACAAGAUUUGAUUCGUGAAAGAAAUACUGACCUUCAGGUCCUCACAGAAGAAGAAUAUCAAAAAUUGAUGAUAUUUUUUGCUAACUUCAUCCAAGUUCUCGGUGAACAAUUGAAGGUCAAACAACAGGUCAUCUCAACGGCUGUAGUUUAUUUUAAACGUUUCUAUGUCCGAAAUUCACUUAAAUGUAUUGACCCUCUUCUCAUGGCACCAACUUGUAUCUUCUUGGCUUCAAAAGUUGAAGAGUUUGGAGUAAUAUCUAAUAGCCGUUUAAUCAACAUUUGCCAAACUGUUGUCAAGAAUAAGUUUAAUUUCGCAUACGCACAAGAUUUUCCAUACAGAAUAAGUCAUAUUCUAGAAUGUGAAUUCUAUCUACUUGAACUAAUGGAUUGCUGUCUAAUAAUCUAUCAUCCCUAUCGACCAUUAAUCUCAUACAUCGCUGAUAUAAAGGAAAUGAGAGAUCUCAAGGAUAACAAAGACUCCAAAGAUGAACUUCUCAAUACCGCUUGGUCAGUGGUCAAUGACACUUACAGAACAGAUAUUCCACUUUUAUAUCCACCACAUUUGAUAGCCAUUGCUUGUCUUCACAUGGGAUGUGUAAUAUCCGCAAAAGAUUUCAAACAAUGGUUUGCAGAGCUCAAUGUCGAUCUAGACAAGGUAUUGGAAAUAACUCGACAUAUACUGAACCUUUACGAGCUGUGGAAAAAUUUCGACGAUAAAAAGGAAGUCCCAGCUCUUUUGGCUAAGAUGCCUAAGCCCAAAAUUCAACCAUCCAGUGAGAUUCAAUAUCAGCCUCAGUUUCCUGCAUCAACAUAUAAUAAUAAUUCAUAUUAUUAUCAAGAACCUUGUGUCGCCUACGCUGAUAUGGUUUAUAACAAUAACAGUGAAUUGUAUUAUCAUCAAUCACCGACUUGCUCUUCACAUGGUACAUCAUCAUCAACAAUUAUCUAUUAUCCAGGUUGACAAUUUAGCUGAUCAUUGAUGGUGGAUGAAAAGAAGGAGAGAGUUAACUGUAAAUUUUUCACUUCUGGGUAACCGGAUUAAUCCUUAAAUUGACCUCUUUAAUUCCUUGACCAUCACCAAUAACACUCGAUCAUUAUAUUAACAUAAAUCAUUGAAAUUUCGUAUCCAAAAAUCUCUACUAAUCAACUAAUCAUUCAACCUUUUACUUAAUCAUUUCUUUCCAUGUAUCCACUAACCUCUAUCUCUCUUUAAUUAUAAAUCACUCUCUCUCUCUCUUUCUUUCUCCAUUUAUUAAUCAGAUCUAAUAUUGGGUUUUAAUUACGAUCAGGAGUUUAAUCAAUUAUCAAAUUUUACCUCAGAAUAAGCGACGAUGAACCAUGGAAUCAAUCAAAGAAUCAAGUUUUGUUUUCUAUUCUUGAGUAACAUUAUUAUUAUUAUUCAGCAUCCAUGGUUCCGAUAAUAUUUUAACUCAGAAAUGAAUCAAUUUAAUUUCUAAUUGUUCCCAAUUUUUAUUCAACCUUUGUUUUCUGUUGACAUCAAAUUUACAAUCAAUUUGUUUUCUCCUCUUUGUAUCUCAGCACAAAUUGAAUGAUUUCUUUGAUUAUUUCUCUCCCACUCAUUCAAAUGCCAUAAACAAUUAACUAAUUUAUAUACAUAAUAUUUGAAAAUUGAA